GUCGUAUUGUGUGUUAUCAAACCCCCUGAGGUCAGAGUAUCUCACUGAACGGGCCAAUUAAUUUCAUUUAUCAAGAUUUAAUUGUACAAUUGAUGUGAUCACGACUUAAUACGCAGCAUUCAAAAGUGCUCAAUGUGGGUGGUUGUUCACUCGCUCGCGCAUUGUCACAAGUGAAGCACAGCUCACCAGAACUACCCAGGGUGCGAGUUGUUUUGAGAAAAAUCAAGAUAUCAAAACAAAGAUGUCGGGUAUUGUGAAGCGAAAGUUGGCAAAAUCAACAAACGACAAACCUCCUCAUUCAUAUAUAGCCCUCAUCGCUACAGCUAUACUCAAGUCGCCAGAAAAACGACUAACUUUGUCAGAAAUCAACGAUUACCUCGUUCAACACUACAGCUUCUUUCAAGGCCCUUACAAAGGCUGGAGAAAUUCAGUGAGACACAAUCUCUCCUAUAAUAAAUGUUUUACAAAGAUUCUCAAAGAUCCAAGCCGGCCAUGGGGGAAAGAUAAUUACUGGACUAUCAGUUCAUUGAAUGAUUAUUUACAAGAAGAUGGCAGUUUCAGACGUCGCCGAAGACGCAGACCUAAAGCGAAGUGCGUCAGUAUCAAAGAAGAAGAUUUCGUUUCUGAAGACGACGCGAGUGACGUGGACACCAAACAGAACUAUGAGUUAAGACCCAACACUAAACAUGAUAGUUUAGGACAUGAACUAAACUCAAGUAAAGAAAGUCCAUCACAACCUCAAAGCUCACCAACAACAUUCAACAGUUCAUUUUCAAUCUCAAGUAUUCUUGAAGAGAAACAACCACGACGAGAACCUCUCCACGGGAUUUACUCGCAUGGUAAGCUCAACUAUAUUUAAUAUUUCCUUAUUGAAUAUAUCUUCCUUGUACGUCCUAUCUGUCUUAUGUUUACAGUAACUAUAUAUAUAUAUAUAUAUAUCUCGCAGUGGCAGAUUAUAAGAUUGCGCAGCUAUAGUGUGAAAUAGUAUAUCUCAAUUCUCAAGUUAUUACGUUCUGACUCGAUGCUACAUCGAUGCGGAUAUAUUUGAAGCGCAUUGAAUGAAUGCCUUGCUCCAAACAGCUUUGACAGUAUUGGAUAGCAGACAUACGUUUGAAUACGGUAAUACGGCGUUAUAGUAUUAAUAUAGGUUUGGUUCAUACCGAUUACUGUUAAUUUAAUCGUGUUUGAUAAGCUCAUACGUAAAUUAUGUUUACUUAAAACUAAUCAAAGUCUUAUCUUGCGAUUUAUUUCACGUUUGUGUUUGCAAGAUAGCUUUUAAAUUGUUUACAAAGUUCCGAGGUGUGACUGCGUGUGUAUAAACAUUGAUAAACACAGUUUGUUUCAAGAGAAAACUCGCACCUGUGUUUUGAUCUAAACAUUCACGCUGCCUCGCGCCGUCGAGAACACUUGAUAAAGAACGCAAUUACUCAUCUACUUUACAGUUAUCGCGAUUUAUGCAAAAUAACCCACCCACGCGCGCGAAUGUGGUGAGACCACAAGCGCAGAUGACGCUGCAUAUGCUAACAAAGCGCGCGGAAGCUGUUCCCAAAACCACGAAUUUACUGAAUGAAAAAUGUCACGUCUACUCUAAGAAUAGAUUAAAGUUUAAGUUGUAAAGUUGCGCAAAUAACAUUCAACAAAUUAUUUUGAUAUGUGCGCACCUAUCAUCGCGUCUCAGUGAGAUCAAAUAUGCUUGUCAGUUCGACAUCUGCACAAUAUAUCAUUGAACUACAAGUUCACCUUAUAUAUCUCAACAACAAAUCUUGUUUGCCUGAACGUGAUCAGUCUAGUUCUCACUAAAUCAGAUCACUAUACUUCAUAUCAAGCUUGCGCCACCACUCAUCUUGCACACUGCACUUUCGCGUGAGUUAAUAAAUGCAGCAAUCAAUUUGAAUUGGAGCCUUUUCCGUUCUCGGUAGCCUUUCGCUUCAUUUGCAUUUUGUGCGCAAAAUAUGUAAUUUACUGUCUUGGCUUUUCAACAUGCGUUGCCUAGAUUGCGCCGCAGACUGACUUUUGAAACGCAAGAAAGUUUGCGCCAUCGAGCUGUUCUCCGUUUUGUCUUGAAUUCAGGAAGUGCUUGUUGAAAUAAAAAUUAAAUUGUAUUUCAUAGAUACAUGAUAGGAAAACAUAUAUAUGUGUUGCAUAUCCUCAUAGAUAAUGUAUGUUGUGAAAGGCUUGUUUGAUAAUUUCAAAAUAAACACCUGUGCCUUGGUGAUUUGUGAGGCAAUAAAUCAUUCAGAAUCAAACAUUCUAAUCUAUAAGACUAUAACUACGCCGUCCUCUAUGGCCUUCGGCUGUCACCUAAGUAAAUUGAGAAGUUCAUUUUGAAGCUAUUUAAGCUUAAAGAAUAAAACGCUGAAACCAGAGCCACGAUUCAAAAGCGGUACAAAAGACGCAGUCAGUUUGUCUGUGUUUUUCCGAUCAAAAUAUCAGUACAAAAGAACAGGCGGCAAAUGUGUAAUGGGAUUAAGAAGAAAUAUUUCAGAAAGUGCUAACAUGAUUAGAUUAGAUAUACUUCGUUACCAGUUCGAACAAGUUUUAAUGCAGAAUUAGCAUCUCCGUCGCAAAUUCAGCUCUUUAAAAGAGAACAAGAGAACUACAGCUCGCAAACUUACACUUGCCUUUCAAACUAAUUUCUUACGCAUGAAACAUACUUUUGGACAGGCAAGAGUUGCAGCUGAGGUCGCUAUCACUUAAUACAAGCGAACAAUAUAAUGCGUGAUAUGUUGUAUUGAGAUGUUAAUCAAAUAUUUGCCUUGCCAAACUGGUGUUUAUUUAAAAGUGGCAAUUAUCAACUACGUGUUAAAUCUGGUCAUGUUUUGUUGUUACCUUCAUUUCCGUUUCAAGACAAGGCGUUUCAUAGCUUGGCCGCGGCUGUAUCUAGUCUCAGUGACUUGCAAGCGUACACAGUGCUACUCCCCGUUAAACAUUGGCAAACUUGCAAUGAUUAGAGGGUAUUAUUGCUGAAAUUUUGAUACGCAGGAUUUUCUUUACUCAGACUAACAGUUUGGCAUGUUUAAUAUAAAUCCUAACAAGUUUUCCGCUCUGAUAAUGCCUUCCUUCCGAAAUGAAAUAUUUGUUAGAUUUAAUGGACAUUCAUUGAAACACAUGGUACGGCCUUUGUAGACAAGUGUUUUUCCUUUCCUAAAAUGUCACCCUGGCCAUGCGCAAUCAAAUUAAAUGUGGUUCGUUGGAGCCAUUCAUAUUGUACAUGUAUGUUGAGUGUUAGUGGACAUCUGUUUCUGUGCUAAUGAGCCUGAAAAUGUGCCAAAUUGAUGCGUUUUCUUCGAAAUUGAGAUCCAAAGCAUGCUGUUCGGAUGAUGCAAAUAUCGCUUGAAUAUUCUUAGCCAGGGAAUCGACGGAGUAAGACAGAUUUCCCUUUAAGCCCAAAGUCAACCCAAUGCUCAAGGGCGAAUAUAAGAAAUGAGCAUGUCCCUACAUGAUUUUAGGACCGAUACAGGAAGAGGAAAAUCUCAUUAUGAAGAAAAUUAUAAUUAUAUGCUUUGCAAACCGUGUGCACUUACUUUGAGGACUUAUUGUGUUAGUGUCAUAAAGUAAAUCACAGCUCGUAUUGCAGUGAUACUGGCAAGCUAGAUACCGCGUCAGUGUGUGAGGUGAAUUAUCAUUGUGAGUUAUCAGGCAAACACGUCAAUAGCUUGAUGUUGAUGAGUGAAUUUUAUCAACUUAGGCCAGCUGUUUGUGUUUGACUCCGAAAUGAGAUCUUGCAAAGGUCAGAUCAAACCAUUAAGUCCCAAGUAUUGGACAUAUUCUGAGGGGUCAGAUAAAAUAAAUCAGACGUACUAACACAAUCUAUUUUAUCGUAAGCAAUUUGUACAAAACUUGUAGUGUACGCUACACUGAGUAAUUAUGUUACUAUAGGCUCUGGUGCAUACAAUGUUAUACAGCCGACAUAUGUGGUCAUUUUGUAAUCCUGUCUCCCGCCUAGCUAGCACGCAGCUCUGUAAUCUACAGAGCAGAUUAUUUCUGAUAGGAUAACUUUCACUUGAGAGAUAAGCGCAUUAACCCAAGUAUACUCAGAAUAUUGAGCAGUGUGAAUUCCUGAACGGAAGAUAAAUACUUUGGGUAAUUUUAGAGACUGUAAUUACUGCCAAUAAAAACUAAGUUUUAUAUGACGCAAAUUUGUUCAAAAUAUCUUAUGUUUAAUCUUAGAAAUGCCAAUAAAAUAAGUUAUGCGCGCAAGAUGCAUGGUUCAAAAGUAAAUCUUUGAAUGGAAACUUUCUGAAUAAUUAUGCGCGCAUACGAAACAAUCGCUUGACAUCGAGACGGAACAUAUUGUAAAUAAUUAGUUUCCAUUGCUAUUUAUAUUAAUGUGAAUAUCAAUUAAUUGUGUACAUUUGUUUUUAUGUAUUUUGUUAAAAUAUGGUAGUUCGGUUCAGAUAUGCGCAGUAUUAAUGGUGAAUAAUUUAAUUUUGAAUACUCCUGUUGAAAAUGUUUAAAUGUGUAAGAUAUGAUGCUCGCAUGUGGUACUAAAUAUUAAUAAUUUGUUAAUGAUAGGACAUUAAAUGUCGCACAUCUGUUCAAGUGAUCAUGGCGUAUAGUCCACUCUGUGUUUAAAUUAAUCAAGCGUGUGUUCUGUUUGUCUUUCUCUCUAGGACCUGUCUGUCGUAACAUUGACCUCAGACCACCUGCUAUGUACCUAAAUCACCCCCAGCAUCAACAAUCAAACGGGGUACUUCAUGUAACUACAGCAUCAUGUCCCGCGAUGUUCAACGCUUAUUACGGACAACGAAACAUGCACUCGUGGUUACUUACCCUCGGAGCUCACUCGGCAAAUGUCGGCACUCUUCGCUGAAUAUUUAUGCAAUACUUUGUUCUUGUGGGAAAAACCAUUACUCUCUAAAUAAAUAAAAAAAUAGUUUUAACAUACCAUACGGACAGGCAGUUGUUUUCACGAAGGGCUGGGCAGUUAUCACUCUGAGAAAAUAAUACACCCUCACGGAACGUGCUUUGGCUAGAGAGCCUCGUUUUCAUGUAUCUGACAAAACCCAACGUCUCAAUGACGCGGCUCUAUAGCCUCUAAGGUUUCCGCAAGCGUGUUUUCAUUCUAUUUAGUAACUUGGUAGGCAAUGAACAGAAUUAGAUAAAAUGUGUUGUUUCUUCUAAUGACGUGCUAGCGUUUCGUGAAAUCCAGGCCGCCGGGGUAUGAUAAUAUAUUUGUGACGAAAAAAGCCAAGAGAUUGGUUUUCUAGAGUUGAAUUAGAGAGUUUAAUAAUCAAUGUAAAUAAUCUUUUAAGCUUCUUACAAAGUGUGAAAUGCAACACUAAGAUGACAUUGCUACUGCACGCAAUGAACAACACGUAGAAAACAUUUCUUCGUUUGUAUAAUAUUCAAUAUGUACUGAGUAUGUUAUAUAAAUAUAUAUAUAUAGAGAGAGAGUUAUGUAAAAAUCUCUUGUUUUUUCAACAGCAGCUAAUUCAUGCUUCAAUACAAAAUUUCAAAAUUGAAGAUUUAUUGAACACUCCCCAAAGUGGCCUUUCAGUGGCCAAAUUCGG